AUGCCUCGCGCAUCUGUCACAAGUGACGAAAAGUUGAAAGUAGAAGUGGACAAAACGGAUGAAAAUAUAUUUUUCUUCAGAAUUUUGAGAAAUUCGACUGGAAUUGCUAUUUGGGAUACAUCUAUUGGUGGCUUGUUAUUUGCUCAUCAAUACAUACAAAUUGCAACUUUCUUACCAACACGGCAAAUUUAUGGUAUUGGCGAGCAUCAGCAUUUAACACUGAUGCAUGAUUUAAGCAAAUAUCAAACUUGGCCCAUGUUUGGUCGCGAUCAAGCCUCAUCAGUUGAUAAUCCACAUGGCAAUCUUUAUGGUGUGCACCCCUUUUAUAUAUGUCUUGAAAAUGAUGGAAAAGCACAUGGUGUUUUCAUCCUCAAUAGCAAUGCGCAGGAAGUAACAUUUGGUCCUGCACCUCAUUUAAUUUACCGUACUAUUGGUGGUAUGCUUGACAUUACAUUCUUUCCUGGACCACAACCUGAAGAUGUCAUUAAACAGUAUACAGCAUUCAUUGGCAAACCUUUUCUGCCUGCUUACUUUGCUUUAGGUUUUCAGCUCUGUCGUUAUGGCUACAAAAAUUUAGAAGAGAUGGAAAGCGUAGUUUCACGGGUACAGAAAGCUGGUAUACCUUUAGAUACUACAUACGCUGAUAUCGACUAUAUGAAUCGUUAUCAAGACUUUACUAUUGCGCAGACAUGGCAAGGUCUUAGUGAUUACGUUGAUAAGCUUCACGAGAAUGAACUUAAUCUCUUCUUGAUAUUUGAUCCUGCUGUACAGAUUGAUUCUGCUGCAUUUAAAAAUGCUUGUUGGCGGGUCUUGUCGAUAUUUUUUUGUCUUUUUUCCUUGAAUCAAACUAAUAAUUGUGCAUUUUACCAUUCAAAUUACUAUUAUUUAUUUAACCAAGUAUUCCAGAAUGCUGGAUUCAUAGAAUGGCAAACUAUGGAUGAUGUUCAGGAAAGAGUUAACUACGACAAUUACAGCGGCUCUUACGAUUAUGUUACAGAUACUAAAAUUAUGAUUAGUGUGGUUUGGCCGGAUUGGUACGUUGCAUUUCCUGAUUUUUCCAACAAUAAAACCAUCAUGUGGUGGAAUUAUGAAAUGGGAAAAAUGUACCAAGAAAUUAAAUUUGAUGGCAUUUGGCUGGAUAUGAAUGAACCAGCAGUGUUUGGUACCAAUGAAGAAAAACCGUGGUACUUUGAUCAGGAAGACCGUCCGGUGAAAUUAGUCCCUCUUUGGUGUCCAUUGAACAAUUCUUGGGAUGAUCCACCUUAUAAAACUUAUGGCGUAUAUGGCUGGGGUAAUACUGCUCAAUUAUGUUCUAAGACUUUGUGCAUGAAUGCUGUAACUAACGAUGGUAAACAGUUAUUCUACAAUACCAAAAGUCUCUAUGGUAUUUGGGAAACAGUAGUAAAUGCCGAAGCAUUCGAAAAUAUCGUAGGAAAAAGAAGGAGUAUCAUUACAAGAUCUACAUUUCCAUCUUCUGGUCAUUAUUCUGGUCAUUGGCUUGGAGACAACACAUCAGGAUGGAAAUGGCUUCAAGCAUCGAUUAUUGGCAUGAUAGAAUUUAACAUAUUUGGUAUUCCUUACGUUGGAGCUGAUAUUUGUGGUUUCUCCGGCAAUACUACCGAAGAAUUGUGCUUACGCUGGUCACAACUUGGAGCAUUUUAUCCAUUUAGCAGAAAUCACAAUACAAAAGGUGCACGACCUCAAGAUCCUGCAGAAUGGCCAGCCGUUGCUCGAGCAGCGCGUCAAGCUCUUCUAUUUCGGUACCAUUAUUUACCGUAUCUAUACAGUUUGAUGUUCGAAUGUUCACUCAAUGGCGGUACUGUUGUACGACCGUUAUUUUUUGAGUUUCCAAAUGAUAGUAAUACAUAUCAGUUGGAUUAUCAAUUUAUGUGGGGAAGUGCAAUGGUUUUUGUGCCUGUCGUUUACGAAUAUGCUUCUACCGUACAUGGAUAUUUGCCACCUACUGCUCUUUGGUACUCAUUAAGAGAAUCUGAUUAUGGUAUGAAAGUGUGCAAUAGCAGUUCAGAGUAUGCAGCUCCUAUUACUGAUAUGAUGCCAGUAUUUGUUCGAGGUGGAUAUAUUGUGCCUAGACAGAAAGCUGAAACCACGUCAGCCGCUUCAAGAAGGAAUCCUUUCGAGUUGUUAAUUGCUCCGAAUAGUAAUGGAGAAGCAGAAGGUUUGCUAUACUGGGAUGAUGGCAUCUCCGUAGUGAAAGAUAUUCAUCAGUACAAAUAUUACAAAUGGAUUUUUCAUUACAUCGCUGAUCGCUCCGAAGUCCGCAUAAGCAUCUCAACACAAACUUCUCACGUAAAUAUCACAUUCUUUUCUGACUUCACUGUGAAUCGUUCUUGUAAGGAACUGGCAGUACCGUCAUUAGAUAUCAUUGAUAUCAUUUCUUACCAAUGCUCUGCUGAUUUCUCAACCGCAACAAUCAAUGGAAUUCGUCUUAAUAUAUCAGCUGACGCAGUAAAACAGAUCAAAGCUCAGCUUUAUAUUAAAUCACGGAAACUGAUCGACUUGAGUAGUCAAAAAGAUGUACUGCUAAAAUGGAGUCAUGACUGCUCACGCAAUACUAACAGUAUGCACGAAUCGUACCCACCUAAGUGCGUAAAUGACCCACAUAACGAAGCAGUUCAGCAGAUACAACAAAUGCAGCAAAAUGGACCAACACAUACCGAUAAGGCGCUAACGAAUUCGAAGUGUACUACUUCGAAAAAUAAUAGCAAUUGA